AUGCGAUUCAUUAAACUGGCAUUAGUUGGCUUAGCAAGCUUUAUUUUCGACCUCUGCAGAGGUGAAGAAGAGGCUGGGUUGCCUCAAAUACAAUUCAAUCUCAGUUAUGCAAUCCCUGAUAAACAGCCUGUAGGCUCUGCCGGUGGAUUUCUGGAAUUUGACCCGUAUGAAAAUUUAACCUUGUUUUACUCCUUAGCAAACCAUGAGGAGUCAGAUAUUGAGGUCGUGGGUAUGGGGGGCGAGGUUCUCGAUUUGACUUCAGGAGAAGUAGUUGCUAAUGUCAGCAUUGCUCGUAUUGGGCCAUUAGAAAUUUUGACAAACCACACAGAGAACUUCGAGCAAGUCGUAAAUUUGGUUCUCAACGAGGGAGAGUACUUCCUGUCUCCCCAUAUCUUUGUCAACAAGCUAGGGGAGACAAUGAAGGUUGUCGCUAAUCCUACUUUGAUCCGAAUUUUACCUCCAACAAUGUCAUUCUUUGACCCCAAAUUUUUGUUUAUUCAAAUCAUUUUAUUCGGUCUACUUGUAGCGUACUGUUACUGGGGCGCUGCGACUGGUCUAACUAAGGCAAAGAAUAAAAGUAGAAGAUCAGAAAAGCAUGCAAAAAAGAUUGAAAGUUCAUGGCUACCAGACAACCACCGGUAG